AAGGGUCCUGCUCGGCCUGGAGUGUGGUCCUAUCUCCAGGGAGGAGGGACGCGGAGGCUGUGGAGGGUGACAAUUAGGUGACGCCUGGCAACUGUGGGGCCACACGCCCAGCACACAGAUGUGAACAGGAGCCUGCCUGGGCCCGUUUGCCUGUGGGGAAUCCGCGGAAGGAGCAGGCUGCCCUCCCAGGAAGCGUGAGUUCUCAGAUGGCAGAAGACAACUCCCAGGUAGAUCCUGGAUCCCAGGACACUUUCAGGCAUGAGGCAUCACUGCAAACCCGUUCCCGGUCUAUGGAGACGCUGUUACGCAGAUUGAGGGCCAUUGAUGCCAAGAAGGGUGACACGUUUGCUAACAUCCUGGAUGUGGUGGGGGAGUUUGGCACAUUCCAGAGGAGGCUGGUGGCCCUCACCUUCAUCCCCAACAUCAUAUCCGGCUUCUUCGUGUUUAUUGAUUCGUUCGUGUUUGAAGCCCAGAAGCCGUACUGCAACACCAGCUGGAUCCUGGCAGUGAACUCCAACCUGUCAGAGGCUGAGCAAAUGAAUCUGACCGUGCCCCGAGAACCCGAUGGCACUUUUCAGACAUGCCAAAUGUACUUACCUGUGCUGUGGGAUAUAGAUUAUAUUAUCCAAUUUGGCCUCAACUAUACAGACACAUGCCAAGAUGGGUGGAUCUAUCCUGGUGCCACAAAGCGAUCGCUAAUCAAUGAGUUUGACCUGGUGUGUGGCAGGAAGCUGAACAAGGGCACCGUGCACACCAUGUUCACAACGGGGCUCCUGAUAGGCUGUUUCAUAUUCGGAAUCAUAAGUGACAAGAUGGGCCGCUACCCUGCCAUCCUGCUGUCGCUGCUGGGGCUGACCAUCUGUGGCUUCGGGAUGGCCUUCGUGAACGAUUUUCACCUGUAUUUGUUCUUCCGCUUCUGCGCCUCACAGGCUUUGGUGGGCUAUAGCAUUAGCAGCAUGAGUUUAGUCACCGAGUGGCUAGUGGGUGAGCACCGGGCCCACGGCAUCAUCCUGGGAUACUGCUUUUUCGAUGUGGGGGCCCUGUUCCUGACCGGGCUUGCCUACAGUAUUUCCCACUGGCGGCUGCUGUUUCUGGUGGGCGGGUUGCCUGUGUUCUCCCUCAUCUUCUAUAUCUGGAUUCUCCCGGAGUCCCCACGGUGGCUGAUGAUGAAAGGGAAGGUGAAGGAGGCCAAGAAGUUGCUGUGCUACGCAGCCAGUGUGAACAAGAGGACCAUUCCUUUAAACCUGCUGGAUGAGCUGCAGCUGCCCGGAAAGCAGGUGUCUACGGCCACUGUCCUGGACUUCUGUAGCAAUAGGCAACUCUGCAAGAUGACCUUUGUGUUGAGUGCUGUGUGGUUUACUGGCAGUUAUGGCUAUUUCACCCUGAAAAUCAUGAUGAAAGAGAUCUGCGUCAGCAUCUACCUCCGACAGAUGGUCUUUAGCCUCAUGGAGUUGCCUGCCCGGCUGUGCUGCAUCUUUCUCGUGGAGCAGAUUGGCAAAAAGUGGAGCCUGACUGUGACUCUCUUCCAAGCUUCCAUCGUGUACCUGAUCCUCAUUUUCCUCCCCAAAGCCACAGAGCAGAAAUCCAUGAUGAUCUUGGUGAUCGUGUUUGGACAGUUCAGCCUGGCCGUCAGUGCCACCGUGUUCUUCAUCCACACUGCCGAGCUCUUCCCCACCGUCCUCAGGUCUACAGGCCUGGGGCUGGCGACUCUGUCCUGGGCGGCUGGAGCCAUCUUGUCCCUGGCAAUCGUAAGACUGGGCCCCUCCAUCCUGCCCUUCUUCCUCUGCUUCAUCUCAGCCAUCCUGGCCUUGGGCUUCUCCCUCCUGCUGCCAGAACCUGGAAGUCAGCCCCUCUGCGAUUCCCUGGAGCACUUCCCACAAAUAAGGAGGAAGAGCAAGGAAGACAUGUCCGAUGACAUGUCUGAUGACGCGUCUGUAGAAGUGUCCAAGAACACCGUUCUCAAUGCCCAAAUCCCAAGACUGGACUCACUCGCUAUCUCCAAGACUGCCUUGGAGAAACUCAGAGGCCAGGAUGAAAGCAAGCAGGAGCCCUGAGGCCAGGUGCCCAGACCUUCUCCGGUUGGAGUCGAGUGGCUGGGUAUGGUGUCUUGGAUUCCAGGCCACAAAUCCCAGGCCCAGACCAGCCUGGGGGCCAGGGCCAGGCCUCCAGAUGCAAAACUGGCCCCGCCUGGGGAAGCGAGGCUGGGAUUCAUUCCAAUAAAAGUACCAUGUUGGUCUUGA